CACUCUUCGGGCGUACGGAGCAAGGAAGGCUCGUGGUUUCUUUCUAGGCAAAAGCGUAGAAAGAGAGGGAGAAACUGAGGUUUGAUUGGCGGAGGAAUUCAGAGGCAAAAACACUGUGGCCAGGAAACGGAUCGAAUUUCAGGGGGGAGUGACACCCACUGAAGUGAGGGAGGAGGGGGUUGUGUGUGGGGACGUAAGGAGGAGAACAAAACUCCAAAAACCUGACAAAGCGUCUGAGGACAGUACUACUAGGAUUGUCGGGGAAGAAGACGCUCUGCCGUGAGGGAUCAUAAAUUGAUGGAUUCUAUGUUUUUGGAGUAUAUAUAAUUUUUUUAACGCAUGAAUUCUUCAUAAAUUGCAUAGGCCCUUCGUUUGGAUGAAGAGUGAGCUCGCGGUGGAACACUGACAAGUUUUGAGUUGAAGAAACUGUAGGAACUUGGUGAAUAAGAAAAGGUUUGGGGACGUAGCUAGCUAAGUUUUUCAAGUUCUUUUCAAGGAUAUGCAUUUAAAUUCAGAAUUUUUCAAGUGCAAUGGAACACCAAUAAUUUGGGGAUUUAAGAGUUUCUUUCCAGUGAUUUGAGUUGUUGCUCGUUGGAUUUGGGGAUAAUAAAAAAUCGCUGCUUGGCAUUUUUGGUAAUGUGAAGAGAAUUCGCUCCGUCAGGACUAUAGGGUACACAUCCUCUCGAUACGGCCCAUGCACUCGCCUCCUGCCUUUUCCGUGCAUGCGAAUCGGAGAUCUUUCAGACUUGGUAGUUAUUCGUGCCUUUCCUCAGCCCAGGUGAUUGGGGGAAUUCACAGUGAGUGACAGGCCAUACAGCCUGCAGUUAAUGGUUGGGUGGAGCCCCUCAGAUGGGAUCAGUGUCCAGGGGGAGGCGGAGCCUGAGGAGGGGGGCAUGGUGUGGAGACUUGCCCUCCACUAACAGGAUGGCCUCGUGGGCCUGGCUGCUCACCGCCGUCCUGGUAUCCCUAGCGACGGCUACUGUGGCAAGGCCGCCGUACACCGCCGCCGAGGAAGAGGAGGCUACGCUAGAACCUGAAGAGCCUCCGACCAAAUACCAAAUCUCUAAGCCCACCGUGUGCUCGGUGCACCCGGGGGAACUGCUGAAGCUCAACUGCCCUCUGCCUGGGGAGGUGGGGACCAUCACCUGGACUAAGGACGGUUCCUCUCUGGGGGUCAACAACCGCACGCUGAUAGAGCGGGAGGUGCUGCAGAUCCUCGACGCCUCGCCCAAGGACUCUGGCCUGUACGCAUGCAGCACCGUGGGCCCUCAGGGCAGCGACACGCUCUGCUUCAUAGUGAACGUCACAGAUGCCAUCUCGUCUGGGGACGAUGAGGACGACACAGAGCGAUCGGAGGAUGUGGGGGCGGACGGAGAGCAGAUAAGGGCGCCCUAUUGGACGAUGCUGGAGAAGAUGGAGAAGAGGUUACAUGCUGUACCUGCUGCCAACACAGUCAAGUUUCGCUGUGCUGCCGGGGGCAACCCACGUCCUAAGAUGCGCUGGCUGAAGAACAGCCGACCAUUCCGACAGGAGGACCGCAUGGGCGGGUACAAGGUGCGUCACCAGCACUGGACCCUGAUCAUGGAGAGUGUGGUGCCGUCAGACAAGGGCAACUACACCUGCCUGGUGGAGAACGCAUAUGGCACCAUCAACCACACCUACACCCUGGAUGUAGUGGAACGGUCCCCUCAUAGGCCCAUUCUCCAGGCAGGGCUGCCGGCCAACACCAGUGUGCACGUGGGGGAGGACGCACGCUUCGUGUGUAAGGUGUACAGUGAUGCUCAGCCCCACAUCCAGUGGCUGCAGCACAUCCAGAAGAAUGGUAGUCGCACCGGCCCAGACGGACACCCUUACGUCCGUGUCCUAAAGACCGCAGGUGUAAACACCACGGACAAGGAGAUUGAAGUCCUCUACCUCCCCAAUGUCACUUACGAGGAUGCUGGGGAGUAUACCUGCUUGGCGGGUAAUUCUAUUGGGAUCUCCUAUCACACUGCUUGGUUGACGGUGCUUCCAGCCAAUAAGGAAGAGACGGUGACGGGCCUGACAUCACCUGACUACGUGGAGAUAGCCAUCUACUGCAUCGGGGUGUUCCUGAUCGCCUGUAUGGUGGUCAUCGUGUUGGUGUGCCGGAUGAGGAAUACGGCUAAGAAGCCUGACUUUGGGAACCAGCCGGCGGUCCACAAACUCAGCAAGCAGAUACCUCUGCGUCGCCAGGUAACAGUGUCAAAUGACUCCAGCUCCUCGAUGAACUCCAGCACCCCAUUGGUCCGCAUCACCACACGACGCAGCUCGGCCGGCCACGACGACCCCAUCCCAGAGUACGACCUCCCCGAGGACCCACGCUGGGAGUUUUCCAGAGACAGGUUGACUCUGGGCAAGCCGCUAGGCGAGGGCUGCUUUGGCCAGGUGGUGAUGGCCGAAGCAUUGGGCAUUGAUAAGGACAAGCCCAAGGAGGCCGUGACAGUGGCUGUGAAGAUGCUGAAAGACGAUGCUACAGAGAAGGACCUGUCUGAUCUGGUGUCAGAGAUGGAGAUGAUGAAGAUGAUCGGGAAACACAAGAACAUCAUCAACCUGCUAGGGGCCUGUACACAAGAAGGCCCUCUGUAUGUGAUAGUGGAGUAUGCCUCUAAAGGGAACCUGAGGGAGUACCUACGUGGCCGCAGGCCCCCUGGCAUGGAGUACUCCUACGAUAUUACCCGCUGCUCAGAUGAACAGCUCACCUUCAAGGACUUGGUAUCCUGUACCUACCAGGUGGCACGGGGCAUGGAAUAUCUGGCCUCACAGAAGUGUAUACAUAGAGAUCUAGCAGCGAGGAACGUCCUGGUCACAGAGAGCAACUUCAUGAAGAUUGCUGACUUUGGCCUGGCCAGGGAUGUCCACAACAUCGAUUACUAUAAAAAGACAACUAACGGUCGUCUCCCGGUGAAGUGGAUGGCUCCAGAGGCGCUGUUUGACCGUGUGUACACUCACCAGAGUGAUGUCUGGUCAUUUGGGGUGCUGAUGUGGGAGAUCUUCACCCUGGGGGGUUCUCCGUACCCCGGCAUCCCCGUAGAGGAGCUCUUCAAGCUGUUGAAAGAGGGCCAUCGUAUGGACAAGCCUGGCAACUGCACCAAUGAGCUGUACAUGAUGAUGAAAGACUGUUGGCACGCCAUCUCCUCCCACCGGCCCACCUUCAAGCAGCUGGUGGAGGAUCUAGACCGCAUCCUCACCCUGGCCACGAAUGAGGAGUAUCUGGACCUGUGUGCCCCAGCGGAGCAGUAUUCUCCCAGCUUCCAGGACACACGCAGCUCCUGUUCCUCCGGUGACGACUCCGUGUUCUCCCAUGACCCCCUACCAGACGAGCCCUGUCUCCCGAAGUACCAGCACAUCAAUGGGGGUGUCAAAACAUGAGCCCUCCCCUCCUCAAUCCCCCCAUCCAGCCCCAGCCUGACUUGACCCCCCCACAAAGAGACACUUCCAUAGAGAGAAAAUGAGAUAUACCCCCACCACCAACCCCCAAAACCUCUGGCUCCCAAUGGACUAACGGACCCAGAUGGGACUGGGCUCGUGGCAGCGCUGCUUUUAGAACCACACACACACGUUUGUACACACACACUCAUACACAUGUUCAAUGUCUUAAGGAGAGGACAGUGACCCUUCAUCAGUGUUCCUCUUGACUGACUGAAUGAAUAGCUGAUCCCAAGGGUCCCCCUCCUCUCCUCUCUUGCCGUUUUAUUUGUUUUCCACGAGAGUUUGGAAUUUACUAUUUUUGCGUUAUAUGAUUCCACUCCGUUGGCUGGCAUUCCAAGACUUUUGUUUGUUCCCAGAGGGAAAAUAUGGACCGUGAUGAACUGAAAAAACAAGGGACUCAUAAAGAGGACGACAAAAUAGGAAGCUGAAAGGACUGAAAGAAAGCAUCAACUAACAAAUACAGAUGAAUAGGAGAAGAGCGCAUACAGACACUGCCUCUUAUAUUUUGUAAUAUUGUCUUGUUUCUUUUUACCUUAUCUUGAUAAGCCCACACACUUAUUAUUAUUAUGGAGAAAAAUAAUACACAUUAUAUAGUGCUGGGUAUAUUUGUAAAUAUAUUCAAAUAUGUAUAAAUAUAUAUUAUAUAUUUACAGUGAAUUAUUUUUUUGUAUUGACUCCAGAAUAAUUCCCCCUCUCCUCUCCCCUCCUCCCUCUUUGGGUUUGAGACAGGUGUGUCAUCACCCAGGUUAUGUUUCUGUUCAGUUGUGUUCUUUUAAACACACACACACACAAAUAUAGGCAUGCGCAAAUAUACACAUAUAGGCACACACACACAAAAACACACACUCUCACUCUCAUUCAAUGACACAGUGGAGUAUUGGCUUUCAGGGAAAGAGGUAGCAUGUUAAUUUAUUGAUUUAUGUUUUUUUUUUAUGAAAUCAAAAAGAUGUAAAAAUAAAAUAAAAAUAAUAAUAAUAGUAAGAAAUAAAUAAUGCUAUUAAUGAUGCUGAUAAUAAAUAAUCCAUUAUGUUUAUUAUCGUAAUUUAAAAUGAUCUUUCAGAGGUAACAGAAACAAAGCUAUUUUUAGUAGUGGGUGUUUGAAAGUACUGUACAUUUUAUUGUCUGCUAAUCCCUUUAUGUAGAUGAUGCAGUUUCUAUCCAGUCAAUCUUAGGUUUGCAUUUGAUAUGAUAUGAUUUCUGGAUAUUUAUAAAUGAUUGAAAAGAAAAAUGAUUUUGGAACUACCCACUAGCAAUCUGUUAAUUAAUUUAGACUUAAAGAUAGACUCCAAAUUCGCACCAGAGGGUUCAAAGCUGAAAAACAAAAGUGUUAAAUCAUUCAAGUAUUUCUUUUCUACUGGACCAAGUUUAAGAUGUUCUUUGCAAGUGUUCUUGCCGCAUUUGCAAAAUAAAAGAUGGAAAAACAA